CAACUAGCAAAGGCUAAAGAUGGUCUUCCUGUGCUUUCUCUCCCAUGAGCCCUUGCUUUCCUAAUCACCCCGCCAUUUUGAUUGCCCGGGGAAAAUGAUUCGAUUCAUCCUGAUACAAAACAGAGCGGGCAAGACCCGUCUGGCAAAAUGGUACAUGAACUUUGACGAUGAUGAAAAACAAAAGCUUAUCGAAGAGGUUCAUGCCUUGGUGACUGUCAGAGAUGCGAAGCAUACUAAUUUUGUCGAGUUUCGCAACUUCAAAAUAGUAUACCGCCGCUAUGCUGGACUCUACUUUUGUUUUUGUGUGGAUGUCAGUGAUAACAAUUUAUAUUACUUAGAGGCUAUUCACAAUUUCGUGGAGGUAUUAAAUGAGUUCUUCCACAAUGUUUGUGAACUAGAUUUAGUAUUUAACUUUUACAAGGUGUACUCUGUUGUUGAUGAGAUGUUCUUAGCAGGGGAGUUACGAGAAACCAGCCAGAGUAAAGUACUCAAGCAACUUAACAUGCUACAGCAGCUAGAGUAAAAGGUUCUUGGAAUCCUAAGGUCUUGGACUUGUAAAUAGAGUUUGGCUUAACCAAAUAGUAAACCUUCUUGUCAUAUCACUGACCAACAUGAAUGGUUAUACUUUUUGUGUACUAAAUGCCACUAUCUCACUGAUAUUUUAAAUGGCCAUUGAGGCUGAAUUAAAUGUUAUACAUAAAAUAAUAGCAACAUUGAUGUCAAAUUCCAGUUUUAUUUUAAAAGUAAAAACUGUACAAAUAUCUGAUCACACUAUACAGAAGCUAUUAUAACUUGCAUUUACAAUAAAAAUUCAACAAAAGUUAA